UGUCCUUUUCCAGUGAUGGAGCCUGAAGAGCGAGAAAAACCUGUGCUGGAAGAACUGGCAAGGUGUAAUUCCAUCAGGUUCACCUCUAUUUACGUGGUCGCGUUUUUUCUACUUUUGUGGCUUUCAAAUUCGACUGUGGUUUUGUCAGCUAGUUUGUUGGUUUUCUCGUUCUUUGUUGCUGAAGCUGUUUCCAAUGCUAUUGAAAAUGCGUUGCCCAGAAGAAUAGUUGACGAUCCUGAGUCGAAGGCUGUGUUCAUCACAGGCUGUGAUACGGGGUUCGGAAAUGCACUUGCGAGAAGGCUGGAUACCCUUGGAUUCACUGUCUACGCGGGUUGCCUGCAUCCCAAAGAAAACGAGGCAUUGCAACUCAGUGAGAGCACUUCAGCCAGGUGCGAAACGAUUUAUGUUGACGUCACGAAGCAAUCAACGCUUGACGACGCCAGGAAACACAUAGAAGACACCCUGGGAAACAAAACACUUUGGGCAAUCGUGAACAAUGCUGGGAUCGGUGCUUUCACGGAAAUCGAGUGGUGCCCAGUGGAAAUUUACCAGAAAAUUUUGGAUGUAAACGCCCUGGGUCCCAUUCGGGCCACCAAGACUUUCCUUCCACUGCUGCGCAAAUCCGAGGGACGAAUAAUUAUGGUGGCUUCUCUCGCAGGAAGGUACACAUUCCCGGGUUCCUCGGCUUACUCAAUGUCAAAAUGCGCUGUUGUGUCCUUUGCUGAUGGACUGCGAAGAGAAAUGGUCAAGUGGGGUAUCACCAUCCAUACCGUGGAACCCACAGCUUACAGGUAUAUAGAAUUUCUGCAGACACACACAAAAUAUGAAAUUUACAGAUUAUUCAAGUGGGUUUCAUCCGACAGAACGCCGCUGUCAGCUGAAAAAAAUAUGAAGAAAAACUUGCAGAACAUUUGGGAUAAAUUACCCGAGGACAUCAAGGAGUCUUACGGCUCGGCAUAUUAUCAAGAUUUCCUGUUAAAGCUGAAGCAAUUUUCAGACAACGCUCGACCCAAGGAAAAAAUCGCAGAAGUUAUUGAUGACCUGGUGGACGCUGUUGCAGGCGCUGCUCCGCUGGGUCGUUACGUGCCAAAUAUUAUAACUCAGCUGCGAGCCAGAUUGAUCUGUGCUUUGCCAACUGGUGCUCAGGACGCAUUGUUGUGCAAAAUUGCCGCUCCUUCUACUCCACCAGCAGCAGCACCGCCAAAGAGAGAGUCGUCGUUGUCGAAAUCGUUGAAGGGCUUGAAAGAGCGAUCACUUUACCGACAAUUGUCGAUGCCAAUGUUUUCAUCUGUGCCAAAGAAAUCUGACCCGAAAACCGAAGCCCCCACCACGGGAACCCCGUUGUUGAGAAUGAAAGAAGAGGAAAGCCAGCACUUCAAGUUUUAAAUUCGGGGGCUUUUUAAAUUAUGUUGCAAAAUUUGCUUCGUCAGCAGUGAUAGGAAUUCGAUGUAC